CAAGACUCAUGGCACGAUGCUCACGCACACGGAUUACGGUACUGAUACGGAAAUACGGCGAUCGGAUAAGCACCGAGCGGAAACUUCAAUAGCCGGGGCGAGGCUGCGGGGCGUCGGCCUUUGACUUUGCUGUCUGACCCUCGGCAAUUGCAUCAUCCCCAUCUGGAGGAGCUCCGCUGUGGUGCCCCGCAUUGCACUGACUUGCCAUAAGGGGUGUUUGUUUGGUGCUUGGUUGCUUUAAAGGGACUCGUCCCCCACGUUCGUGGGAUGAUGAUGAGUCGUUCAGCCAUUGCGAAAAAGUGACAAGUUCUGUGAAUCACCAGGCAUUGACAUCGCUGCAACUGGUGAGAUUGCAUUGAACUGCCUUUCGCCUAACCCACGAACUUGACGGAUCACCUUCGAGACAUACGACACAUCUGACGAAAACAACAACACCAACAACAAAAACACCCACCAGACCACCGCACAAUGUCCAUCCCUGCCCUCUUCUCCCUCGAAGGCAGCACUGCCAUCGUCACCGGCGGCACGCGGGGCAUCGGCCAGGCCAUGGCGUACGCUCUCGCUGAAGCGGGCGCGGAUAUUAUUCUAAUUCAGCGCGACGAAUCCAACACCACGACCCGCGACGAAAUCACUACCCGCCUGCACCGCAACGCCCACAUCCACAUCGCCGAGCUCUCCUCCCGCGACGCCCUCAAACAGAUCCUCCCCGCGCUGACCGCACAGGGCUUCACGCCCAACAUCCUGCUCAACUGUGCCGGCAUCCAGCGCCGGCAUCCGAGCGAGCAGUUCCCCGACGAGGAUUGGGAUGAGGUCCUAAACAUAAACCUCACCUCCGUCUUCACGCUGUGCCGAGAAUUCGGCGCCUCCCUGCUCGCCCGCCCCGCCUCCGAUUUCGAGGCGAGCAACGGCCGCCGCGGCGCCAUCAUCAACGUCGCCUCGCUGCUCACCUUCCAGGGCGGGAUCACCGUGCCGGCCUACGCGGCCUCCAAGGGCGGGGUGGCGCAGCUCACGAAGGCGCUGUCGAACGAGUGGGCCGCCAAAGGCAUUAAUGUCAACGCGAUCGCGCCGGGGUACAUCGUCACGGAUAUGAAUACCGCGCUGAUUAAUGAUGCUGCCCGGAACGCGGGGAUUAUGGCUCGCAUCCCCGCGGGGCGGUGGGGCAAACCCGAGGAUUUUAAGGGGGUGGUUGUGUUUUUGGCGAGCGCGGCGAGUGCGUAUGUUUCUGGGGAGGUGGUUACUGUUGAUGGGGGGUGGAUGGGGCGGUAA